UCGGGAUGGCUGACGCGGCGGGUUUCGAGGCCCCGCUGUGCUCCGAGCGUUUCGGUUCCGGGACGGCUCGAGGCUGCAGUGCCGCCGCUGACGGGAGCCUGCAGUGGGAGGCCGGGGAAUGGGGCCACUGGGGAUUCUUCGGGGUCUUCCCUGCGAGACCCGAAGAACAAGAUGGGAGAAGAGCGUUGGUUCCCCGGGCUGCCUCGCGUCCCCUCUCCGCUCUCCGGGCCGUGUUCCUGCCACAGGGCUUUCCUGACAGCGUCAGCCCGGACUAUGUGCCCUACCAGCUAUGGGAUUCCGUGCAGGCCUUUGCUUCCAGCCUCUCCGGCGCCCUGGCCACCCAGGCAGUCUUGCUGGGCAUAGGGGUGGGAAACUCAAAAGCCUCAGUUACAGCUGCCGCAGCCACCUGGCUCGUGAAAGAUUCAACUGGCAUGCUGGGCCGCAUUGUCUUUGCCUGGUGGAAGGGGAGCAAACUGGACUGCAAUGCCAAGCAGUGGAGGCUUUUUGCUGACAUCCUCAACGAUGUAGCCAUGUUCCUUGAGAUUAUGGCUCCCAUAUACCCAAUCUGUUUCACCAUGACUGUCUCCAUCAGCAACCUGGCUAAGUGCAUUGUGAGUGUGGCUGGCGGGGCCACUCGGGCUGCACUGACCAUGCACCAGGCCCGGAGAAACAACAUGGCCGACGUGUCAGCCAAGGACAGCAGCCAGGAGACAAUGGUGAACCUAGCAGGACUCCUGGUCAGUCUCUUGAUGCUUCCUCUGGUGUCAGGUUGCCUUAGCCUCAGCCUUGGAUGUUUCUUCUUCCUCACUGCCCUCCACAUCUACGCCAACUACCGGGCAGUUCGAGCCCUUGUCAUGGAGACCUUAAAUGAAGGCCGGCUCCAGCUAGUUCUGAAGCACUUCCUUCAGAGGGGAGAGAUACUUGACCCUGUUUCAGCCAAUAAGAUGGAGCCACUCUGGACAGGUUUCUGGCCAUCUUUUUCUCUAUCCCUGGGAGUUCCCCUACACCGCUUGAUCUCCAGUGUUUUUGAGCUGCAGCAGCUGCUUGAGGGGCACCAAGAACCCUACCUCCUUCGCUGGGACCAGUCACGAAACCAGGUAUGGGUAGUUUUGAGCCAGAUUGCAGGCCCUGAGGUCGUCCUAAGAGCUGCCACACAUGGGCUGGUGCUUGGAGCCCUACAGCAGGAUGGACCCCUUCCAGGAGAGCUGGAGGAGCUGAGGAACCACAUGUGGGCAGGUCCUAAGAAAGGUAGCUGGGUCCUUGUCAAGGAGACGCACCAAGUAUUGGACAAGCUGUUCCCAAAGUUCUUGAAAGGACUGCAGGAUGCCGGCUGGAGGACCGAGAAGCACCAGUUAGAGGUGGAUGAGUGGAGGGCCACAUGGCUCCUAACUCCAGAAAAGAAGAUCUUGUGAGCAGCCCAGACAGAGGCCAGGGCCCAGGACGGGAGCCUGGAGCGAGGACACUUUGGCCACAGCAGGAUGUGGGAAAGGCAGCUUUAUUUUUGCUUAGGUGAACAUCUGUGGCAGGUUGGCCAAGCCCUCACGGGAAGUGACUGCCAAUCAGAAGGACAAAGAUAAGGCUGAGAGAAGGGGAAUCAGGACCUUCCCAUCCCACUCCUUCCCUGUUUCUGAGGACCACUGCAGGCUUCCCACCACCACUUCCUGUGAGGCUGAGCCCUGCCCUAGCUGUGAUUUGUAGUGUCCAACACAGUUGGCCCUUAGGCAUAAAAGCCCCAGAGGAACACAGCCACGGUCAUCAUGAGCAGGGCAUUGAGGUUGACCACACGGGCCCAGCUUGGGUCCUCGCUGAUAUCCUCCAG